UGAGUGAUGUCAUUCAAGCACUGCCACAUUAGAAGUUGUUUCAACCUUUUUAUAUCGAUCGUGAUGGAAUAUAAUAAAUGGCCGUCAGUUAACAGGUAUUCGACAGUUUAUCUCUAUGUGAAAAUAGUUACGGUCGGGUCACUGUUAACUUGUACAUGUAAAUUCAUAUCAUGUGAUGAUGAUACUCCGAUUAAGUAAGCAGAAAAAUAACAUGGUUAUAGACAUUAACAACGUGAAAUAGUUUUCGAUCACGGAUUAUUGAGGUUGUGACACGUUUCAAUCUAUUGAUCAUCCAUAAAGGUAUUACAUACUGUACGAAUAGACCAAUUACAACGGGCACUAAUUCGUCAUUGUGGUCAAUCAGACACGAUUGUACAUGCAUAUAUCUAAGACGCUUGAAUAGAGCGGUUGUUUACGGGUCGAGUCACCUGGUCAAUAAUCCAGGUAGGCACACCAUAUAUAUUUAGAAAGUAACGACCGUAAACAGAGUCAUAUAGCAUUAACCGCAACUGAGUCCUAGAUUAUAACAUAGAUUCAUGUAUGUUGGAUAGAAAAAGGGACGAUCUUGACUUGGAUUUAAUAUCGUGAAAGUUUUGUAACCAUGAAGUUGUGGGUGAUAGUUGCAGUAGGAUUAUUAAUUCAUCUGGUGUUCUUUUUCUCCGUGUUUGAAGUGUUUUUUGCCACACCCCUAGUCACCGAUUUGACUCCUCACAAGUCGCCGCUGCCGCCUCCAGCCAAAAGGCUGGUUUUCAUUGUUGCCGACGGUUUAAGGGCCGACAAAAUAUUACAAAUUCAGCCCGAUGGAAAAUCUGCAGCACCGUUUCUGAGAAAAAUUAUUCAAGAGAAGGGUGGAUGGGGCAUCUCACAUGCAGCUGUUCCCACAGCAACCAGACCUGGCCAUGUUGCCCUUACAGCGGGCUUUUAUGAGGACCCCACCUCUGUGGCCAAAGACCUGCAGGGGAAGGAAGUUGUGUUUGACACAGUGUUCAAUGAGAGCCAGUACACGUGGUCCUGGGAUACGCCCAAGUUCCUCGCCAAGGUCACCGGUGGGAACCAGGACCGGAUGUUCUCAGAUAAGUACCCAGGCCACAUGAAGUACCUUGCUGGCAUCAAUGCUAAGGACAUGGACACCUGGGUCUUUGAUGAGUUUCAGAAGCUGUUCCUAGAAGCAAAGGAGGACACUACUCUGCAGAGCAAGCUGUCAAAUGAGAGAAUCCUGUUCUUUCUCCAUCUGGGAGGCCUUGACCACAGCGGCUACAUUGUCCGACCUUCAUCACCGUCUUAUCUGGAGCACAUCCGGUUUGUUGAUGAUGGGGUACAAAAGUUGGUCUCAACAAUGGAGCAGCACUACGGCAGUGACGGCAAGACUGCCUACGUCUUUACUUCUGAUCACGGCAUGACAGAUUGGGGAGCCCAUGGGGAUGGAACUGCAGAUGAAACCCUUACCCCACUCAUUGUUUGGGGCCCUGGUCUCAGAAAACCUUCCACUGAAACUACCAAGUAUGCUGACGGGCUCUCAGAAGCCUGGGGUUUGCAGGAUAUCAGGCGUACAGAUAUUAACCAGGCGAGCAUGGCCGGCCUGCUGGCAGCACUUGUUGGUAUUCCCUUUCCCAAAAAUGCAGUGUUGCCCAUGCCAGACAAUGUGUUUGAUGUGAGUGAUGAAGAGAUGGCUCAGAUGUUGUAUGCUAACCUCCAGCAGCUCCUGGCCCAGGUUCAGGGCAUGCGUGAGGAGCGUGAGACGAGGUCCAUCAAGUUUGCCUUCACUCCCUUCCAGCCCCUCUCCGCCGGAACUCUGGAAGAUAUUAAAGACAGGAUAUCUCGACAGCUUGCCAGUAAGCAGUUCAAGGAAGCAAUACAGGAGUGCCAACAAAGCAUCAGCCUGGCUCUGAGAGGCAUCCGAUACUACACAACAUAUGACCGAAACCAUUUGUGGUUCGCAGUUGUGAGUGGAUAUGUAGGAUGGAUGGUGUAUCUGGUGUCACUGAUGUUUGAGGAGAAUGAUGUUUCAGCAUCAAUGCCAUACCCUGCCCAACUGUCUCGUCGCUACAAGGCUGGCAUCAUAUUUUUCUUCCUUCUCCUGGCAGUCAUCACUUUUGUUGUCCUCUUCGUGCAGCAUACAGUAUGGACCCAGUACAUCUAUGUUCUUCUGCCAUACCCAAUAUGGCUGGCAGUGUGUCUAAGGUUUGAUGUUUAUCGACAGAUGUUGGUGUUUUCUGGGUCACUGAAGCCUCUCCUGCCAUACAUUGCCCUCACUUUCCUCGGGCUGCAAGCAGGGGUGAUGGGGUUCUACUACAAGCAGUUGAUGGUAUUACCCAUACUGUGCUUUGCUGCAUGGCCCUGGCUCUCAAAACAAGAUCUGUUGGAUAAGGGCAUCAUGAUACAGUGGAGCGCUUCGUGUGUUGCUAUGGGCGUGUUCGCCCUCAUCCCCACUGGAACUCGGGAACUCCAGUUCAACCUUGUAGUUAUUGGUGGUGUUUUAGCAAUUAUAGUAGCCUUCUAUGUCAUGAGAAGUUUUGCAAACAGGCAGUUGGCAAGAAGAAAACAGUUUUUGAUAUAUGGCUUCCAAAUAUUAAUGAUGGCAUUAGCUAUAUUUAUAAUGCGACACACAGCCGCGUUAGCUGCCAAUGACAAGAGAACACCUCUUGUCAGUCAAAUAUUAAGUUGGAUUAUUUUUAUUCUGGCAAUUGUUGAGCCGUUCCUGGUGACGACAGACAUCCGGUGCCGCCUGUUUGCUGUGGCCCUCGCUUGGAUGGGGCCAUACAUCCUCCUCGGCAUCUCAUAUGAGGUGAUAUUCAUGGUAAUAAUGUGCUGGAAUCUAUACAUCUGGAUGCUGGUGGAGGCCAGACUUGCCACAUCCUACAUGGAGCUACCUACUGCUGCAGACACCAGCAAGGCAGCCAGCAGCAAGGCAACACCAGAUAACCCAGCCAAAAUUUUGGAGAGCGUGGACUUUGUGAUGCUGUACAAUGAGAGUACCAAUGGGAAGAGUUUACAGGGAAUGGUCCGUGCAGACCUGCGCCGAGUCUUUUAUGCUAUAAAUCUGAUCAUUCUCAGCCUUUAUGGAACAGGAAAUGUAACCAGCGUUAACAGUUUUGACCCCGCAGCUGUUUUCUGCUUCCUAACUAUUUCUGACCCUCCAACUAUGGGGAUUUUCAUUGUUCUCAAGAUAGCGACGCCUUUCAUCUACGUGAUGUGUGCUAUGGUGACGGUGGGGCUGGUCACCCGAGUUCCCAUGAAGUCAUACAGUCUCCUUUUCCUUCUCAUGGGCGACUUCAUAGCCAUGCAAUUCUUUAUGUUUGUGACGGACGAGGGCCCGUGGGACCAUGUAGGGGCAACAGUGUCACACUACGUUAUCUUCCAGAUCAUCCACAUGGUGCUCAUGAUCUUUUACGGCUUCUCCUAUCUCCUAACAUCCUGCAGCAUCUGCUGCUUCAACCAGCGACAGACCAGCCAGCGCACGUGAUCACUUGUGCAGACCAGCCAGCGCACGUGAUCACUGGUACCGACCAGGCAGCGCACGUGAUCACUGGGACACAGUGACCAUCUAUUUAACCAGCAAUCACUUAUACUUCAGCUGUACAUUCAGUCAAGUGGGAGACAGCUCUGAGAGCAGAUACAUUCUCAUGGAAGGGUGACUCAUAUUUGAGAUGUUUCCAGGGUGUUACUUAAAGCCAUAUGUUUUCUAUGUUUUAUCGUAACAUUCAUCAUCCAUAUACGGUAAUGUUGUUAACUUCAUCCUUGUAAUCUUUCAAAUCUACUCUGUAAGUUUCAUGUACAUUUGAACUGCAGUAAUUCUUACAAAUGUUGAGACUACUAUGCUUAUUUGUUUCAGGUAAUAGCUCGUAUAUCAGCACAUAAUAAAAAAAUCACCUUUAAAAGUGAACCACAAUGCUGUUAACCACUUUGUUAACUUUAAAAAAAGUUGGCCUUGAAAGUGUCUUGCACUUAAUUACACUACCACCAUUAUAAUGUAUGGUUAUACAUUCCAAACUGACCAUUUUUUGCUAUUAUGAUAUCUGUACAUGCAUUGUAAAGACAGCAAAACCAUCUUGUUACAUGUACAUUGUAGAUGAAGAUGUUAUAAUAUGUAACCUUCCUGUUUUGUGAUGACAGUCAUGUAUUGACCACCUUUACUUCUUACUGUAUUGCAAACUCAAUAAUGCAGACCUCAGCUCCAAGUCAUUCUUUGUUCCCCUGUUUAAUAUUGUCAUCAUUGUUUUAAUAAAUUUAGUGUUUUCCAAAAAAUAAUCUAUAGCUGCCAAUGCUAACAUGGCCUAUAUUUACUUACUUAUGUAUAUUAAAAACAUGCCCUUAACUUACUUAUUAUGUAAUAAACAUGACCUAAUGACCUAAUCUAAGGUUAAGAUGGGUCUUAAUGCUUUCUUAUGUUACCAUUGAAUGUUAAUAUUUGAGUUUUUAACUUCUCUUUUGUACCUUGCUGUGUCUACUGUAGUAACACUUAUCUCUAGAUGCAAAUUGUUGGUCUGUCAGCCUUUAUGUGCCUUUUAGCAUCCUUAUAUUGUCUCUAAAUGUAUGAGCAUUUAUUCUUAAUGUAACUUUUCCAAUUUGGGAAAUUAAACAUGUUCUUUUUUGUACAAAACAUAUAACAUAUUAUGCUAAAAUAAGCAUUACUUUAGUUAUGCACAAGUUAUACAACACAGUUUAUUUCUGUUUGAUAAUCAUACCUAUAUCUCGUGUAUUUGUUUUACAUUCCAUGAUAUGCUUGUUAUUUAUUUACAUUGAAGCUUAUGUAUGCAUGUGUCCUUCCAGGGACAAUGUAGUUGAUGCUAUGUGUUAUUCCAGGGAUAAUGUAGUUGAUGCUAUGUGUCCUUCCAGGAACAAUGUAGUUAAUGCUAUGUGUCCUUUGAGGGACAAUGUAGUUGAUGCUAUGUGUCCUUCUAGGGGCAAUGUAGUUGAUGCUAUGUGUCCUUCCAGGAACAAUGUAGUUGAUGCUAUGUGUCCUUCUAGGGACAAUGUAGUUGAUGCUAUGUGUUCUUCUAGGGGCAAUGUAGUUGAUGCUAUGUGUCCUUCUAGGGGCAAUGUAGUUGAUGCUAUGUGUCCUUCCAGGGUCAAUGUAGUUGAUGCUAUGUGUCCUUCCAGCUACAAUGUAGUUGAUGCUAUGUGUACUUCCAGGGACAAUGUAUUUGAUGCUAUGUGUACUUCCAGGGACAGUGUAGUUGAUGAUAUGUGUACAUGGACAAUGCAGUUGAUGAUAUUCAAAUGUAGUUCUCCAUUUUUUUGUAACUAAUGCCAUAAUUAUGCUAGUUCUGUCUCAUUUCCAACUUUAUACGGUGUCCAAAUAAUAAUUUUAAAUAAUAAAGUGUUGCCAGAUUUAAAUAAUGUUUGGUACACAUGUUAAUCAUGAUAAAAUUCAUGUGAAGUUUGUUUUUGGUUUGAAACCACCAAUUUUCUAAGGAGUUGUGUACCUUUUCAGUUUUUCAACAUUUGCAAAAAAGGUGAAUAGGACGGAAUAAAUAUUUUUAGUACACAUGUUAACACCAUUAAAUACAUUUGAAUUAUUACUUUGUUUACAAACUACCGAUUUCUGACAGAGUUAUGGCCCUUUCUAAAAUUUGGUGUCCUGGUGAUAUUUUGUCACAGGUACAUGUACAGUGGUCUUCACUACUUUGAUAUUAACUGAACAAAACCAUUACGUUUGUGCAAAUAAUGAAUUCUGUCUGUAACUAUGGGUUGAUGUGAUUUGAAUGAUGCCUUACUUUUUUCUUUUUUUUUUAAUUAUAGAAUAUGAGUAUAUAUCCUGCAACUAUUGUUUUCUAUCUGUAACUAAAGGUUAAAGUGGUUCAAAUGUUGUACUUUAAGUUUAAGUGUAUUUAUUUUUACAAUGUUUGUGAAACAAGUUAUUGCAAUUGACGUUAAUCACACUCUUUGGCCAGAUGUUGCACGAGAGUGUGGUUUUGUGUUGUGGGGGAACCGGAGUACCCGGAGUAAACCCAAUUGUCCGCCUUGGUGACCACAAACCAAACUCACAUGCACCCAAGCCGGGAAUCAAACCCAGGUCGCCAAGGUGAGAAGCGAGUGCACUAACCACUGUGCCAACCUAAUGUUGUACUUGCAUGCACUUGUAUGUCAUUAGAGCAUUGACCAGCCUUGGUGUACACAUAGUAUUAUUAUAUGUUGUUAAUUUAUUACACACUAAUGCACAUAGUUGUUCCAUUUAUUAGUGGUUGUUCCAUGAUUUGCUCAGUUAAGUGUUAUUUUAUUUGCCUUAUUAAUGAUUUACCUCUACUUUACACUUUAAUUUAAUCUCCAUCAAUGCAAUUGUUGUGCCUCAUACUUCAUUAGAAUUGGCAGUCAUUCUAGUAAUUUGGUAGUACUCGUAUGAAAGAAUAUAAAAUUCACACAGGAAAUUUACAUAAUUGAAAAUUGUCCAAUGAUGUGUUCUUUGACAGUGUGGAAUGUUUGUGUUGCAAGUGUUUAUAUCAAUGUUUGCAUUUUAUUUUCACCUAUAUUAACUAAUGAACAAAGAUCUAGAGUUGUCUAGGUCCCAAAGUUGUCUAAGUUCUUAAGUCAUCAUUUUUUUCCGGGUGCAUUUUUCCUUCAUGGAAAUUCUUUAAAUUUGAACAGCUUUUGGGUGAAUUGUUAAUCUUUCUUCUUCUACAAGUAAACCUUGUUCAAAGUAGGCUUGGGUGAAAGUGAUUUUCGUGCACAUGGCCAUGAUAACGCCUAUUUUGCAGAACUUCUUGUAAUGAUGUCUAGUUCAUAGUUGCUCCACAUAUGACUAUGACUGUAAAUAUCUUCUGUGAUGUUAAAGUGACACCCUUAUUCAAAAUCAAUACAUACACAUGUAUAACUAACAUCAUUUUCGACUGAUAAACCUUUAAAUACUUACUAAAUGAUGCAUUAAUGGAAAAUAUGAAUUGCUGAUAACAACUUUAUAACGGUGUUACUGUAUUCAAUAGCUGAAAACGCAAAAAUAUUAAAUGAUUGGUGAAUGCUAAAAGAUUUACAGUAAUCUUCUUUAGUCUCAUAAGGUAGAAAUACCGUGUUUUAUGCUCAUUUCUUUCAAUUUAAACUGGGUAUCCUUCAUAAGAACCAUUGUUUUCGACAUUCAUUCAUCUUUUUUGGAAUAUUAAAACAAUAUUAAUAAUGGUGGUAAAUCCUAUCUGGGAGUUAUUAAAGAGUGUAUCUUUAGUAUUUAAGAAAUUUCUAUGUUGACCACUUUUGGUACAGCUGAGGACAAAGGAUACAUUUAUAUUAUUCAGUUUGUAGAUUUAUUACAAAGGUUGGAUGUGAUUGGCCAUUUAGGACAUCUGAUCCUUUGGACCUUGAUAUAAAUGUUAAAAAUACAUCUCGGGGUUUUAUUACUAUUAUACAGUUUUAUAGUAAAGUUUAUACAGUGUAUGUUUUUUGUUGUGAUAUAUAAGAAUUAAUUAUGAAAUACACUAGUAUAUAUUUUAUUACAAAUGUAAAAUAUUAAAAUUUUUAUUUUAUGAUAAUUAUGUAUAAAUUGUAUUUUUGUGUAACUUUCUAGGUAUAUUACAAUUCAAUUCAGGGAGGGUGUUUCAAACAGCAUGCUUUCCAGUCAUGAACAAUAAUAAUAAUAAAUCAUUCUAUUUCCAAGAUAUUUAGACUGUUUCAUUCAAAAAUGUUUUAAAUCAGUUAAAUAAGAUAUUAUAUUUAUAUGUUAUUAGUAUUGCUUAAUAUAGAACGAUUAUGUUUAAUAUUAAUUAGACAAGUUAUUGAUAAUAUGCUCUCAACUUUUAAACCAGGACUGCUAUCAUUUUGAGGUUAGAUAUAAUAUUGUCUUUUUAUUAAUAUAAUAUUGUCUUUUUAUUACAAAUCGUAAGUAUUUAACCACUUUCCUGGUGUUUGAAGUGUGUACACAUUGUUUGAAUGUUUUAUGGUUCUUUGUUUUAAAUAUCAAACUUUUCUGAGGCUUUACAAUAUAUUUUUGUCAUUCAUGCAUAGUGUCAAACUUUAAAUUUGUUAUACCAGGUACUCAUGAACUGACUGAUGUUCUACUUGAGAAGAAGUUUUGAACGGCUUACCUAUCUGUUUUAUUUGGCUAUUAAUGGAUGGUUAUAUUGCAUUGUUUUCAUGUUUUUCCCAAUAAUGAUUGUUAAUUUUACAUUGCUAUGAUACUCAGAAUUAUUGCCUUUGCAUUCAUCCAUAUGUUGUCUCAGCCAGUUUGCUGUGUCGUUUUGUUUCACCCUAUUGAUAUAUAAUCAUUAUUGUACUAUCAGACCUCAAGAUAGGCACGUGUUAUUAAUUCCUGAAUGUUUGGGAAAAUAACAACACAAGUUUGACUGAAAUGUAAACAACUUUAAACCUGUACUACUUAAACAUAAUUUAACCACUCGAUAAAUGGUUAUGCUGCCUUAAAGAAAAUGUAUGCUUAAAUGAUAUUAGCACCAUGUAAUUAUGUAUGCAAAGACCAUUUGCAACAAUAUACAUGUUCAAACUACACAUAUUUACAGAGCAUUCUGAAAAGGAGCUAAUUGUUUUAACAUUGGCAUAACUACAUAUUGUACUUCUAUUUGAACGCUUUUCUGGAGCUCUAAAUGAAUUUGUUAGUCAUCAACUUUCACAUUUCAUAUAUUUCUUAUUUCAUGAGUAUAUGUUUAAUGUGAACGUUAUAUCAUUUUUAAGAAAGAUACUUGAAGAUCCACUGUGUUUCUAUUUAUUAUCGAAGAAUCAGUUAAAUAUAAUUUGUGUUGAUUUUUGGUUGAAACUCAUCCUCACCACCCCCAGCGUAUUCAUAAUGUAUAUGAUAGCAUGUUGUGAAUAUGCUUGGGUGCCCAGAGUGUUGAAACUGAAACAAUGUACAGCUGUAUGUGAGGAAAAAAGCAUUGUUAGUAAAUUCUUGAGUGAAAAUUUACUAUUUACAUAAUGUAUUUAUUGUAUUAUUUUUAUUGAUUUGUAAUAAAUAUUGAACAAUA